AUGUCUACGUCUCUCCUGCACACACAGCUCGGGCUAAGCUCGUCCGACCCCCAGGCCUCGCUGCGCCUGUCCCAGCAAGCUCCCUCAUUCCUGCAGACGCAGCCCUCCCGCUUCCCUUCAUUCCCCUUCUCGAUCUUCACCCAGCGCGAAACACCGGAGCUAUGGACGAGCUACGAGCAGCUGCUGGCUGCCUGCCUACGGACGGGAGACGACAAGUCUGCGCGGGAGUGUCUGGAUAGAUUGUCGAGUCGGUUUGGAAAGGACAACGAGCGGGUUAUGGGGCUGCAAGGGCUAUAUGAUGAGGCUACUGCGCCGGACGAGGCGGCGCUGAAGAAGGUGUUGGAGAAGUACGACGGUAUUCUCAAGGAGAAUCCAGUCAAUGUUCCAGUGUUGAAGCGACGGGUUGCUGUUCUACGGUCUCUAGGCAGAGCUGGUGAGGCUAUAUCCAGCAUGGUAGAGUUCCUGGAUGCAUUCCCAACUGAUGCAGAGGCAUGGUGUGAGCUGUCGGACCUGUAUCACAGCCAGGGUCUCUCUUCACAGUCCAUCUUCUGUCUCGAAGAAGCUCUCCUCAUCCUGCCAAAUGCAUGGAACUUGCAUGCACGGCUAGGAGAGUUGCUGUAUAUAUCAACACACUCCCCCGAGUCCGCAGAAACGACGCUAAAACCCCUGGCGGAGUCUGUACGACGCUUCUGCCGAAGCAUCGAGCUCUGCGACGAUUAUCUGCGCGGGUACUACGGGCUGAACCUGAGUACCGCUCGGCUGCUGGAGAGGCUAGGCCCCAAGUCGAGACGAGACGAGACGCUGCCAACAGCCGAGACGACACAGAAGCUCAAUGAGCUGUCCGUGCAGAAGUUGCGAGAGAUUGUAACGGAGAGAUGCAAGGACGGACGGAGCCCGGAGUUCAAUGAGAGCGAGCUCAUCGCAGCCCAGGCGCUGCUUGACCGGCUGUCCAAGUCAAGCUGA